CCGGCGCAGAGACGUGUGUUUACAUGCGGUUUCGGCAAGUUAACCGGACAGUUAGUGGGUCGAUACCGAGUCAGAAACAUUAACGUAACACCAGUGAGACAAUCAGCGGGUUUCAGCUGCCGGGGUUCAUCUUCAUUACGGACAGAAGAGGAAACGUUGACGAUGUCUCUGCCGGUUGAUGCCAAUGCUAAUGCUAACGUGGAGCAGAAGGUUGUGCAGUAUGAAAACUUCAUCAAUGAUGUUCUGAGAAGAGAUUUACAGAAGGUGCUGGAGCAGAGAGACUUGGUUUAUGAGAAGAUCUCUCAGUACCUGCAGCUGAAAAACACCAUACAGAGCCUGCAGGAGUCGGGCUCUCAGCAGCUGAAGACAGAUGUAGAUCUGGGCUGUAACUUCUACGUCCAGGCUGAAGUGGAGGACUCGUCCAGGAUCUUUGUGGCGGUCGGUUAUGGUUUCUUCGUGGAGAUGAAUCAUGACGAAGCUCUGCGCUUCAUCGAGAAGAAGACGAAUCAGCUCACAGCCUUCACGGAGCAGCUCACCAAAGACUCUGCCAAAAUAAAAGCCAACAUCCGCAUGGUGCUUGAGGGCCUGAGGGAGCUGCAGGGACUGACUGACCUCCCAGACAGCAGAGGAAGAGACGUUUUGUAAACUGUUCCACUUGUUGGCCGACUGCAGGACGACCACAGAACCGUUUUAAAUACUCAGCCUGGUCACUGCUGGAUGACCACAGGACAGUUUUAAAUACUCGACCUGGUCACUGCAGCAUCAGGGCUCAGCAAGGAUGCUUCAGGAUCUGGUCUGUAACAGACAUGGACUUUCAGCAGAAAGACUAAAGCCUCCCCAGUGGGUCACUGCAGACCUGAAAGGGGGGCUGAAACCAGAAGAACAGAGGCUGUUACAGCAGAACAUGCUGCAGCUGUCCACAUACUUUUGGACUUGUACUCUGAGCUGUAAUUAUUAGUUUGUUUCCAGCUUCAAUAAAAAGUGAACAGAUGUUCAACAGAACUGUGAAAUAAGAUGCUGACUGUUGAACCAGGAGUAAUAAAGUUGUAGUAAUGAAAACAUGAGCAAUCAGAGAUGCUCAGUCAACAACACAGAGCGUGUUGCCAUGGAAACUGGAUGCUAAAUAGAGGCAGUGGCGUAAGAAGCUGAGAGAUGACUCUUGAAAUAGACUCACACACAGAAACGCCUCCUGAGCUCAAUUUGGUUCUCAGCUGAAUGUUCAUGAAGAGAAACAUGACUGAGUGAAUGAGUGGAGCUGAUUCACUGACACAGUUUAAACUGGUCUGAGUCCUGUCAGCAGGUUAGCCCUGUUAACAUUUUUCUCACCUAAUUACAUAUUAGAUAUCAACAAAUUAAUUUCACUGUUAGUAAGCUGAUAUGGUUCACAUAUUUUACUAAUAAUUGUUCAGAUUUUUCACAAGUAUUUUUUCAAGUAUAUAGCUAAUAUUUUAUAUCUUAACACACAUACAGUAUGUUUCU